ACACUGUUAGAGUUACAUUGCUCUCUUCAUAAAUCAUAACCUGGUCGCCCAAACCCUGAUUCCACCAAAACCGUAGCUCAUCUCCGAUCUAUUCACGAUGGGGGACGACGCGUUCAUGCGCAACCAAAACCCCGCUGUCCAGGCUCGGACCAAGGCCCAGAACCGCGCCAAUGUUCUCCAGCUCAAGCUGAUUGGGCAAAGUCAUCCAACUGGUUUAACGAACAACCUCUUGAAGCUCUUUGAGCCUCGACCUCCAUUGGAAUACAAACCACCUCCAGAGAAGAGAAAAUGCCCACCGUACACAGGAAUGGCUCAAUUUGUGAGUAAAUUCGCCGAGCCAGGGGAUCCUGAAUAUGCUCCACCAGUACCUGAAGUUGAAACCCCUGCUCAAAGAAGGGCUAGAAUUCACAAGAUACGUCUUGAGAAGGGUGCUGAGAAGGCUGCUGAGGAGUUUAAGACAUAUAAUGCAAACAAUGAUCCUAAUAUUUCAGGAGAUCCAUACAAGACAUUGUUUGUUGCUAGACUUAACUAUGAGACAACUGAAAGUAGAAUCAAAAGGGAGUUUGAAUCUUAUGGACCAAUAAAGCGGGUUCGACUGAUCACGGAUAGAGAGACCAAUAAGCCCAGAGGCUAUGCUUUCAUCGAGUUUGUUCAUACUCGAGAUAUGAAAGCUGCAUACAAGCAAGCUGAUGGGAGGAAAAUUGAUGGCAGGAGGGUGCUCGUGGAUGUGGAACGUGGUCGAACUGUCCCUAACUGGCGUCCGCGCAGACUAGGUGGGGGACUUGGAACGACCAGAGUUGGAGGUGAAGAAGUUAAUCAGAGAAAUUCUGGGAGGGAGCAACUUCAAUCUGGGGGUCCAUCUCAGACUGAGGAGCCUAAGAUACGAGAUGAUAGGGAUAGAGAGAAAUCACGUGAGAGGGGAAGGGAGCGAGACAGGGAACAUGAGAAGUCCCGUGAGCGCUCCAAUGACAGGCCAAGAGAUCGUGAUUAUAGAGAGGAUAGGCAUCACAAAGACAGAGACAAGGAGAGAGAACGGGGUCGUGAUCGUGAUCGGGUACGUGACCGUGACCGUGACCGUGAUCGAGAUAGAGACCGCGGUCGAGAGCGGGAUCGUGCUCGUGAUCGAGAUAGAGACCAUGGACGAGAGCGUGACCGUGAUCGUACUCGAGAUAGGGAGAGGGAUUAUGAAGCUGGUGAAAUGGACCGCGGUCUUUCUCGUGAUGGAGAGCCUGAACAUGAUCGUGUUGAGUCAAAACAUGAACGUGACCGGCAUGGUGAAAAAGAGUAUGAUCAUGCUGAGCCAGAGGAUGAUCAUGGGUGGUAUGAACAUGCUGACUAUGGGCACAGGAGGUCAGAUCUGGAACAGGACAAGCACUAUGAUCGCUAUGAGCAUCGAAGUCGGGGACAUUAUGACCGCAUGGAAGUUCAGAGUGAUGAUGAUCGUUAUGCCAACGAGGAUCAUAAUCGAUAUGAUCAAAUGGAGGAGGAUGAUUACCAUUAUGACCAUGCAGCACCUGAAUCACGUGUAAGGGAUAGGACUCGGGAAUUGGGACGUGAAAAUCAGCGCUCAGAGAGAUCACUUUCCAGAGAAUAUGAUCACUGAUGUUGCUUUUGAGCUUGCAACUGUGCUGGCUACGUUAUUGAAGAUACUUUAUAUUUAAUGGAUUUGAACUCGUGUUUUACAAGGUGUGCAGGGAGUGGGGUGUGGUCUCUGCCCAAGGUAUUAUUAGCUUUGGAUUUGCCUUCAUUCAUGGUUUGCUUUCUGGGUCAAACUUAUCUCGUUUGUUUGAAGUUUUUUCAAGACGUCUGUUUGAGAGUAUUCGCUCUCAAUUUGGUUAUUGUUUUUGAUCUUUAAUGAAUUGCAGUUUAUUAUAUAUAUAUGAUGUGGAAGACUAACUUGGCAA